UAUGCUGUGUAUUUAUUUUUAACAGUUAAUUUUUAAAUUGAUAUAUUAUAAUUUAUUGUAGUUUUUAAUAAAUAAAAUUAAUAUUGGAAUUUCUCGAUUUACAUUUAUUUGUAUAAUUUAUGUAAAAUAUUAAAUUAAAGUUUUGGUUAAUCUUAAAAAGCAAUUUGAAGUUCAAAAUUAAAAAACCUUAUUCCUUUCAACUUAAAAAAGUCUAUAUAUCUUUUAUCAUUUAAAUAUAAUUAAGUCUUUUCAAUCUUUUAAAAAAAAAUAAAAAAAUAACAAUAAGAUCAAGAUCGCCCUUUUUGUCUACUCAUGCAUAAUACGUCUGAUAUUAGUGAAUAUAGCUUCAGAUUAAGUUUUUAAUUAAGAAUAAUUAUGAACUA